AUGUCGUGGCGAAACCCCGCCGGUCAGACUGGUGCUAACACCAUCCCUCUGGGCACGCGCCGCCGCUUCGGCGGUGAUGACGGGCCCGAGGAGUCUACCCCUCCUGUUGCAGACGGGAAGCGUGGCCGCAGCCCUGAGCGCAGAGAGCCUGAGUUCAACCCCGACGGCACGAAGAAGCGUCGCAAGCGCAACAGAUGGGGCGACACGACAGAGAACAAGGCCGCUGGUCUGAUGAAUUUGCCUACCGCAAUCACAGCGCCCAUGACUGCCGAACAGCUAGAUGCCUACGUUACCCAUCUGCGUGUCGAGGAGAUCAGCCAGAAGCUCAGGAUCAACGACGUGGUCCCGGCGGAUGGUGACAGAUCUCCUUCGCCCCCACCGCAGUACGACAACUUCGGUCGCCGUGUAAACACCCGCGAGUACCGCUACAAGAAGAGGCUCGAAGAGGAGCGCCACAAGCUCAUCGAAAAAGCGAUGAAGAUCAUCCCGAGCUAUCACCCACCGUCCGACUACAGACGUCCCACGAAGACGCAGGAGAAGGUCUACGUACCUGUCAAUGACUACCCAGAAAUCAAUUUCAUCGGCCUUCUCAUCGGACCACGCGGCAACACUUUGAAGAACAUGGAAAGCAAGUCACAGGCCAAGAUCGCAAUUCGCGGCAAAGGAUCCGUUAAAGAGGGAAAGGGCAAAUCGGAUGCUGCCCACGCCAGCAACCAAGAUGAAGAUCUACACUGCCUCAUCAUGGCCGACACCGAGGAAAAGGUCAACAAGGCCAAAGAACUCAUCCACCAAGUCAUCGAAACGGCUGCCUCCACACCGGAAACACAGAACGAACUCAAGCGCAACCAGCUCCGUGAGCUAGCCGCCCUCAACGGCACCCUUCGCGACGACGAGAACCAAGCCUGCCAGAAUUGCGGCGAGAUCGGCCACCGCAAGUACGAUUGUCCUCAAGCGCGCAACUACACUGCAAACAUCAUCUGUCGCGUCUGUGGGAAUGCCGGGCACAUGGCUCGCGACUGCCCAGAUCGCGUGCGUGGCGGCAACUUCCGCGACCUCCCACCACGACCGCGUGUCGAGGGUUCGGCAGACGACGAGUACGCCAAGUUGAUGAACGAGCUGGGAGGCGCAGAUGGACAGGCUCCGCCGAGGCAGAUCGGCUGGGACAACGGGCAGAGCAAUGCAAACGGCGAUGGGCAAGCCAACGUCAGGCCAUGGCAGCGUGGCCCGUCCGGUGCACCUGCGCCGUGGAACCAGCCUCGUCAACAGCAGGGAGGUGCAGCACCCUGGGCCAACCAGAACCGUGGAGGGUACGACGGAGGCUACAAUAACGCGCCGCCUCCUCCACCUCCUGGUUCCAGCCUACCGCCGUGGCAGCAGAACCGAGGUCAAGGUGGUGGAGCUCCGUGGCAGAAUGGUGGUGGCAUGGGCGGUGGCUAUGGAGGUGGUGCCCCUGGUGCCCCAUGGCAGCAACAGCAGCAGUACGAAGCUCCGCCACCACCUCCUCCGUCCGACGUCCCACCACCACCGCCCCCGCCUCCAGCGUAG